UAUAUCAAUUGCCGUGAGUGGUCUGACGCGAGGCGUGACGUCAUUUCAGCUUCCGUGAUUGGCAGAGACUCUUGCCCAUCCUUUCUAAACUCCCGAAACAUCUCCAGUCAAAAAUCCAAAAUGUCAGGUGCUUUUUUUUUUUUUUUUUUUUUUUUUUUUUUUUUUUUUUUCCCCCAGCCCCCUCUCCUUUUCUCGAAUACUACAACGUGUGGCAUGCUACCGAAGUAGCCAAGGUGCUUUAUAGUUAGAUAGAUAGAUAUAUAUAUCUAUCCCGGCAUAUAGGGGGUGUUAAUUUAAAAGUGCUGGGGGAAAGAAAAGACGGAGAAAACAUCUAAAAAAUGGCUAUUAAUUUUGAUAUUUCUGCCGUUUUUUUCAUCUCUGGUGCUUUUAUUAGAAAUAUGGCGGUUGCAAGAGAGUUAAGGAAAGUAUUUUGUGUAUGUUGACAUUGAGUUAAAAAAAUAUUCCAGCAGUAAAACCUUGGUGGUGACUUGAAGAAACAUUUUUAUAAAAAAAGAAAAAAUAUGAGCCUGGCAGUGCAUAUCGUAUGAAGAUGCCUUGUUCUUAUUUCUGUUUGAUACAAAGAUGAAAAAAUUGAUAUUUAUUUCUAAUUUUUUUUCGUGUUUUGUCGCAAAGGAAAGGGAAUCUAAAGCCAGGCUGUGAAAUGGUUUCAAAAGCCAGAAAAUGUCGGUCGAGGUGCCUAAACUCUGUCUGAAAAAUGAAAACGGUACUACUCAGGAAAGCAGCCAGAGAACGUGAAAUAUUCCAAGGGAUCAUCAUUUUCCGUCACAGUUUGACGUCACCGUAAAUCUGGAAGGAACAGAACUCUUCCGUUAGCAUGCUAGAAGUCAUAACGAACACUUGUACCGCACUCCAUUCUAUGUCCGACCUUGACGAAUCUGAAUUCUUGCUAAGAAACAUGGAUUUUACACCCAUGUCCACUUCCACGAUGGGCAAAGGGUUAUAUGUGGACAGUUCCACCUCGGAUAUGGAUGUCCAGACUUCACUAGAACCGCAACCGCCACAGUUACCGUCCAGUUCAUCAGAAGAGCAACCGGUUCAAAGCCAAACCAGGAAGAACACUUCAGGAAUACGGCGCCAGGAGAAGCCUCCUUACUCCUACAUCGCGCUCAUCGUAAUGGCCAUCCAGAGUUCCCCUUCUAAGCGAAUGACUCUAAACGAGAUCUACCAGUACUUACAGAGUCGUUUCCAGUUCUUCCGGGGAGAAUACCAAGGUUGGAAGAACUCAGUUCGACAUAACUUAUCGCUUAAUGAUUGUUUUAUAAAGCUACCUAAAGGACUGGGUAGGCCAGGGAAAGGCCACUAUUGGACCAUCGAUCCAACCAGUGAAUUUAUGUUCGAAGAAGGUUCCUUUAGAAGAAGGCCCAGAGGUUUCAGAAGACGGUACCAGGCUUUGAAGCCUUACGCACAGUUUUACCAUUCAGCUGCCGUAGGCAAUUUCGUUGGUGAGUAUUUCAUAAAAAAGUGCUUUUGUUAUUUCUUUUUUACUACUGAUGGAAGGGAAGGAUUCUUUCAUUUUGUGCUUAAGGUUUUGUUAAGAUAUAAAAUCAAGUAUAAAAAAAAGGUAACUGUAAAUCGAUGAUGUAGGACAAUGGUCUCAAGCUCAA